AUGAGUUGUAAUACUGCCCUACCUACAUCUCAACAAGAUGUUUCAACAUUAAAAACAGCUCGCUUAUCCAAAUAUUUCAUUUUUGUACCUUAUCUUAAAGAUCUGAAUGAGAUAUUUCAUGUGGCGUCUCAUCCCAUUACAUUUGAAGUCGUGUAUCUUGUUACAGAUGGUGCACUUGGCGCUGGCUUGGAUAAUUGUACCUGUGGUAAUCAUGAGAAUUCGGAUAAUGGUGGUAGUGCAUCUACUAUUACUAAUGUGGCAUCCAUUGUAAUAGGGACACUAGAACUACAGCUAGCAAAGAUGUUGACAUUUGAUGAUGACAUUUUGUUAAGUACUAUGUCCUACACAGUUGAUGUUGGGAUGUCGAUGAAUGACAAGUCUAUCGUACGUCAUGGCAGGUCAGUAGCAGAAUGUGAAGGUAACAGAAUUAGCCUACAGCUUACAGCUCAAGCUGAUGUGGAAGAAGAGCAUCAAUGGCAAACCGUAGCAAAACCCAUUACUCUAACCUCAACAUUGGGAAGAAACUUUUUUGUGGUCACAUUGUUGUCAUUGUUUGCAUUGAUAAUUUGGAUCGGCCAAACUGAUGAGGGCAUCGCAGCUGAUGGUAAUGGAUUAAGAAAAGCUUUUCUAUGGAGUGUUGGUAUAUUGAUCCCAUUCUCUGAUUUUAACAAUUCUUUUGAUUACCCUUUAAGAACUAUAAAGUGGUACAAUAAUUAUUUCAACUAUUCUUCCUUGCUGCAAUCUAGACCUAUGUUAUCAACAUUAGCGCAUAUCCCUCCGAUGAGAACUUCUCUUGGAACAAUUGCGAUACCUACGACUGCUGAUCAGUGCUGUACAUAUUGUUACUUUUCCUUCUCUCCCAACUAA